AAUAAAUUCGAGGAAUUGUACGGACAUAAAACGUGACGUUUCCAUUUUGUUCAUGGUGGAUUUAGAUUAUUAAGCUAGACCAUCAGUGUGUGCAGUCAUUCGGUCUACCUAACUCAGCUCGACCGCUCGACCACGUUUCAAUCUGUCAAACGAACAUCUAGCAUUAUUUUCAUACGUCUUUCUUCUGUUUAAUUGUUUUACUAUUACUAAUCAAUCGCGAGUAUUCGAACUGAACUUGGAAUUAUCUUACGAUGGGUGUUCGAGGAUUGCAGACGUUUUUGGAAGAGUAUUGUCCCUCAGCUUGUCGUACUGUCAAUAUCACCGAACUAGCUAAAAAGUAUAAAAACGAAACCGGAAAAGAUGCAGUUAUAGUAUUGGACACCCAGACGUUUUAUUGGCCAUGGUGCAAAAAUCUGGACUGGGUUAUCGGAUACGAAAUACAAGAGUACUUGCAUCGUCUACGAACAUUCAUCGAUUCCUUUCAGAAAAUCGGUGUGAAGUUAGUCUUUUUCAUCGGUGGAGUGACCGUUGAGAAGAAAAGGAAUAGGUGGCUGAGUCGUAAGACGAAGAAUCUGAAAAAUACUCUGGAAUUGUGCGAUCUUCUCAAGAAAGGAUCGCGUACGAAGUAUAUUCCAGAUGAAUACGAAUCGUUGCCGCCGUCGAUGGGUGUAAUUACAUCGAUGUUAUUGAAACAUGUUUUAAAUUGCGAGGUUUAUAUGACGAUCGAAGAGUGCGAUGAAGAAAUACUCGCUUAUGUGCAUGAGAACGAAUGUAUGGCGAUUUUCACCCAGGAUACUGAUUUCAUCGUGAGCGAUAUCAACAAAUGCAAGGUUUUAUCGUCGAGAAAAUUCAACCAAAACAGAAUGACCACUCUGCUGUAUGAUGGAGAAGCAUUGGCGUCUAGUUUGAAAAUCAGAACUGAUCAGUUACCUGUAUUUGCAAUCAUGGCUGGAAACGACUAUAUCGAUUUUGAAACCUUGAAGAGUGUACAUCGUUCGCUAUGUGGUGUACGACGCGGAAGAAGACCUGGAUAUAACGUCCUCAUGCCUGCCAUUGGUCAAUAUAUCAAUUCACUAUCCAACCAGUCGAUCGACAACGUAUUGGAAACCAUCUGCUUGAAGAUAUUCGGAAAUACAAAUAGAUCAGCGUUAGAUUUGGUGAAAAGUUCGUACAACGGUUAUCUGUUGCAAAAGAAAUGUGAUGAUCCUGAGCUAACAAAUCCGUCAACUAAAUGGUCCGAAAUAUUGAACGCAGCUCGAGACCGACAUAGAAAUACCAUCGCACCGUCUUACAUUUGGGGUAUUUUAAAAGAUCAAUUUUUCGAGCUCGGUGUAGCGUUCGAAGACCUUAGAAAACCAUUCAGCGAGCAAAUACCGAGUGCUGUGGUUACACGAGUGUUUAGACAACGAAUGUAUGGAAUUUUAAUGUACGAAUACGAGCCUUUGAGCGAUGUGAAAAUUGAAGAAUGGUGCGCUGAGCAUACGUUGAGUUAUCAGCAGCCAGUACUCGUUAAACCUACAAUACCAACUGUUGAACACCCGGGACUGCUUCGAUUAUGGAGCGAUGAUAAGAAUAAGGACGAACUCAGCGAAAUUAAAUGGAAAUUAUUCUUGUGGUGUAUUUCCCCGAACCUUAUCUCGAUCGAUGAUUGGCGUCUGUUGACUGCUGAUUUGGUAGCUGUUUCAGCGACUUUAUUUUAUCUUAUCGAACAAAAAUUCGUCGAUGAAGACGAACUAAAUGCGGUGAUUGCAACUUUAGCUACCUACUCGUUGUACAGCAGGGAGAAAUUGAACAGUUUGGAUUAUGGCGUUCAUAAUCCAAGAUGUACUCAUAUUAGCAUUUGUGUGAUAAGAACUUUUACGUUCGUUGUCACGUUAAUGGCUGCAGUUGGAUAUCCGGUGCCUCUUUCCAGCGACUUGGUUUAUUUGAAAUUCGAAGCGAAGCUGUUUCAAAUUAAAUUCAAGGAAAUGAUCGAAAAGAAAAGCGUCGAAGAAUUGUGUGAAAAUAACGAAAAAUCGAUUGAAAUAUUCAAUCAAAUGAAAAAUGUCCUCGGUCCAGCUUUUGGAAAAAGUUCAGUAACGGAAUCAGAAGGCAAAGGUUCCGAAAAUCGAGCCGACGACGGUGAUAAACAAUCGAAAGAUGAUGACCUCGCAGCAAAGUUAGCUGAAAUGAAAGUAUUGUAAUAAUAACUCGAGAAAGCCGAAUUUUUCAAACUUUGUUACCUAUUGUUUGUUUAGUCAGUUCUUAUUUUAUUGUAUCGGUUUUCUUUUUUAUCCUAUCGUUUUUUUAGUUUUUAGAUAGAUGGUUUUUACUCGUAUUUUUACCUAUUGUAAAAUUUUUCUACAAUAAUUUUGAAUUUUUAGUCA